AUGUCUCGUGAGUGCCGGAUCUACGUUGGGAAUUUGCCGAACGAUAUGCGGGAGAAAGAUAUUGAGUCCGUUUUCGACAAAUACGGGAAAAUUCGCGGGAUUGACAUUAAAAACGGGCGAGGGCCCGCGUUUGCAUUUGUCGACUAUGACGAUCCGAGAGAUGCAGAGGAUGCGGUGCGCGGCAGGGAUGGUUACGACUUUGAUGGUUAUCGUCUACGAGUUGAGUUCCCGAGAGGAGUUGGACCACGUGGACCUGGUGGCCGUCCGAUGAACGGUGAUCGAGAUCGGGGUGAUCGGGGGGAUCGUGGGGAUCGUGGGGAUCGGGACCGCGGUGGUGAUCGAUCUCGUCGUGGUGGGCAAGCGCCAAAAAGAUCGGGCUAUCGAGUGAAGAUCACUGGAUUACCCUCAACAGGCUCGUGGCAAGAUCUCAAGGAUCACAUGCGAGACGCGGGCGAUGUGUGCUAUGCGGACGUUUACGGAGACGGGAGUGGAGUUGUUGAGUAUACAAGCUCGGACGCGGUUCGUCGAGCGAUUCGCAAACUUGAUGAUACGAAGUUCCGUUCGCACGAGGGUGAUACAGCAUAUGUUCGGGUCACCGAGGUGAGUGGACGGGGAAAUUCCCGGGAUCGCUCUCGUUCACCACCACAAAAAAGUCGCAAUUCACCGCAGUACUCUCCUCGUCGCUCUCGUACGCAUUCUUCGCGUUCUUCGCGUUCCCGGUCGAAAUCAAACUCA